AGUACAAAGUUGAUAUUCAAUUUCCAAAUUUCAAGACAUUCUAGUUUGUAUGUGUGACUUCCAAGGAUUUGUUUGUAGGCCGCAAUCUAAACACCCUCAAUUCCAAAUGUGGUGUUGAACUUUAUGCACUAAACCAAUUUUGCUAGCAACUUCGGUACUGCCGAAACAUUCCAUUUUCGCUUCUAUUUUCCUUUAACCACAGUUGUCCCCUCCACUUUGUGAUAGAGGAAUCAAACAUUUUGGCAACAAAGCUUGCUGAGAUUGCCUAAAUGUUCCAGACCAUGAUUUGCCAGAUCCUCUUUUUCAAUUGAGUUUCACUUCCUCAUACAAGACUUGGUGGCAAGGAUACUUUCUUCUUCAAUUUCUUGGGUUUUGGAUGACAUUUCUACUCUAACUUGUUUGCCACUCACUAAAAAAUUUGAAGAAAAUGAUGUUACAAAGGAAGGAGGUGACCUAGAAUCUACCGUGACUACCUAGACUAAAAAGCUAGAUUUGCGAGGAAAAGCUCUUAGAAUUGAAGCCAAAAGAAAAGCCGUCAUCCCUACAGAUUCUACGAAGGAAUAUACCUUUUUAAAGCAAGAAAAAACUAGAGGAAUCAUGAGGCCAACCGCAAAGCCCUUUGUAGCAAAAAAAACUCAUCAAAUCUGCAUCUCCAUUAAAAGCCACUUCUACCACCAAAGUUUAGUAGCAAUCUACCCAUGCAGAGGAUGUUUCUAUCAAAACUGUUGCCACAACAAAUCCUGUUGAAGAAAAUUCUGAUGAUAGUGAUGAAGAUUCUGGCUCCUCUCACUCAAAAUCUAACAAUGAAUCUUCACCAGCCACAAAGUGACUUAUUGUAGAUAUUAUUGUGAUUGAUGAUGACUUGGAGGAUGAGCUCCUUUCAAAGCUGGGAUAUGUUGGCAGACCUUCCUGUCUAGUCAGAAUCUGCUCUCGAUAACAAAGGGAAAUUUGUCACUGAGGAGAUAGACCCAGAUGUCAACAUUCCUUCACAGGAGCAAAUUAGCUUUGCCAUUCUAACUUUGCAAAAGCUUAUUGACGGUGACCCUUCCUAUUUCUACAGAGUGCCAGAUCAAUAAGACACUUUCCAAGUAGCUCAAGUCCUUAACCAAGCCUCACAAUUGUUUUUUACUCAGUGCAAAUUUUGGGUAGAUUUCACUAUCAUUUAUGUAGAUUUUAGUAAAAGAUUCCUAGCACUUGAGAACAAAGUGAUGAUAGUAAAAUCUACCAAGAAAUAGUAUUGCCGUAGUCUUUAAAAAGAAGGAUGAAUUCUUGGUGACGAAGGAUGCUCAUGUUGCACAAAUUAAACAUCUUCAAGGUCUAAGGAAAGAGAUAUUUAACCUCAAGGCUAAGCUUGCAAAACUAAGGAAACAAAUUCCCUUUAUGGAGCAAACAAAAAAGAGCUUGGCAGAACAGCGAAACAAGCUUUGUGUAGAUAUGGAGAUGGGCUUGAAGACCGUUUCUAAAAUCAAGGAUCAACUUCCUUCUCUCACAACCUCUACAAAUGAAGUCGCUCAAGAACUCAAAAAAUCAAAGAAAGAAUGGAGUGAUUAGUAAAGCAACUUUUGUUAGAUCAUCUCUAUAUGCUUAUUUUGUUCUGAACUUUAUUUGCAUAUUUUGAUCCUUGAACUUAAUGUUUGUAGCCUAAGGCCAUACAAAUUGCCACUUUGAUGUUGAUUUUUGUCCUUGUUCAUAUUUGUGAAC